GUACACUGUAAUACGUUGAUAACAAGUUGCCAUUACUUCCCAAUAGAGAUCGCAACUUUUGAGUAAAUUAGACAUAGGACAUAGGGAAUAUAGAAUAUAGAUGUGUGAUGUGUGAUGUGUCAAAAUAAUUUUUUGUAUAUUUUGUACCUUUAUCCAACUUGUAAAUUGUUACAUAGAAUGGCGUAUGGACUAGCUCUAACCGAACCAGAAGCCAUACGCGCACCAAACCAAACCAAUUUGUAAAUUGUGUGAAAUUUUAAUUUUCAUUGAAUUUCCAAAAAAGUACAAGUUUUCAAAGAAGAAUCGUGAGUGGCAACAAAAUGUCUGGUUACAACAGCCAGGACAACUACUGGACUCAAUCACAAGGACAGUUUAACUUUGACGCAUCUGGUUUUGGUCAACCUAACCAACAACUCGAAUUCCAAACAUACGAACAACCGCCCGGUGAUUUUUCGUAUGGACAAAAUAGUUAUCUCGACCCUUUGCAAAGCUCUUACAGCGGGGACUUAUUUACGCAAGAUAAUUAUGGAAAAGGCAACUCUGGCUUUGGAGAGGAAGAAGAUGAGCCUCCUCUAUUGGAAGAACUUGGCAUUGACCUUGACAGGAUAAUGCAAAAGACUCUGGCUGUGUUAAAUCCUUUUCACAGAAAGGGACAGAUUGAUGAUGCAGAUUAUUUGCUACAAGAUUCGGACUUGGCAGGACCUGUUGGAUUCUGUUUAGUUCUUGCAGCAUUUUUGCUACUAGCUGGUUCAAAAGCUCAUUUUGGUUAUGUGUAUGGCUUAGCCAUGACUUCGUGCAUACUGAUGUACAUCCUACAGUCUUUAAUGAGUAGUAGCAGUAACAUUACCUUAUCGUCCGUUGCAUCUGUAUUAGGCUACUGCCUAUUACCUGUAGUUGUUCUAGCAGGAUUCAGUGUUUUCACUAAAUUACAAGGUCUGCUUGGUUUGAUUGUUGCCAUUUUGGCAGUCAGCUGGGCAUCUCUAUCUGCUUCUAGGCUUUUCUCUACUAUGUCAGGUGAAGAAGAUCAGAAGCUUCUCAUAGCAUAUCCAUGCCUUCCGUCUGACCCAGUACAAGUCCAACAACCAAUUUUAGUUUGUACAGCACAUAUUCAUUGGGAUCCCGAAUUCUGUGAUGUGAAAUUGAUACAGACGAUGAUGCUAAGCAAUGAGUUACGUUCCAUUUUGGACCAAGCUGGCCAGUCAUUCAGACCCGGUCACAAACCUGACUCUUCCAACGUUCAACUGUUACUUUGUGGCGACUUUAAUUCCUUACCUGACUCCGGUGUGAUUGAGUUUCUUACAUCUGGACGUGUGGCGGCUGAUCAUCGUGAUUUUAAAGACUUAGCGUACAAAUCAUGUUUACAAAAGAUCUCUGGCUGCGACAAACCUAACGAAUUUACUCAUUCGUUCAAGCUUGCAUCUGCCUAUAGUGAGGAUAUCAUGCCUUAUACCAACUACACAUUUGAAUUUAAAGGCAUAAUAGAUUACAUUUUCUACUCGAAACAAAGUAUGGUACCAUUAGGCCUCUUAGGUCCAUUGAGUCCAGAGUGGUUUAAAGAGCAUAAAGUGGUAGGAUGUCCUCAUCCUCACGUACCAUCUGAUCAUUUUCCUCUGUUAGUGGAACUAGAAAUGACACCGACAGUAGGAACAAGUAAUGGUUUGAUCUCACGCAGGUAGCAGCCGCUGCGAUCUAGGCCCAAGUAAUCAUAAAAAGACGAUGAAUCAAUAACAAAAAAAAAUUAGCAUCAUUUUUUCUCUACUUACUUCUGGCUCUA